ACCUCCUCCCCCCUCCCUGCAGGGAGCGCGCACGUCGGCGUGUCUCAGAGCGCGUCCCCGCACAGUCCCAUCGCGUGGUCUUCCUUGGCUUCCAUAUUGCAGCAGCCGCGGUGACUUCGGGAGGCCGCCCGGUGAUUGCUUACCCUACGCCUGUUGCCCAGAGCGCUCUGCCCGCGUCCCUGCACGCCCUGUGAGAACAGGAAAGCCCGGGGGUCUGACACCUCAUCCCCGCCCGGGUGGUGGUGGGGGACAUGGCGACUCAGGUAGAGGCUCCGCUCUUGCCACCGCCGCCCCUGCAACAGCAGCCUCCAGCGGACAGCGAGGUGGAAGAAAGGCGGCCGCCGGAGGGAGGGAAGCAGGAGCUGGGGCAGGAGGGCGAUGAAGCGCUGGGGCGCAAGGAGUUUGUGGAAGCUCCUCCGCCCAAGGUGAACCCAUGGAUCAAGGCGAGCGGUGGCCACGGAGGGCCGGUCAAUGGGCAGCUCCCGGCAGACCCUCCUCUUCCUACCAAAGUGGUGAAAGCUGGUAUUCCUAGGCCACGGCGAGGCAGCAAGGUUGGAGAUUUUGGUGAUGCCACCAAUUGGCCUACGCCUGGAGAAAUUGCCCACAAAAGCACACCGCCCCCUACAAAGUUACAGCCAUCCCGGAGAUCAUUUGUAAGGAAGGAAAUGAAAGAAGAGAGUGCAGACGGGAAGGAGAACCAAAGAGUAAAAUCUGAUGAGUCCAGCGAGGAGAAGAAUGGGGAUGAUGAUGGGUCACGUUCAGCCCACAAAAAGAAAGGUACUGUGUCGGGAAAUAAACACAAAUGGGUUCCCCUGCAGAUUGAGAUGAAACAGGAUGGACAAAGAGACAAAACAACUACAAGGAACAACCGUCAGAAUGAGCAGCAGCGUCACACUUUAAAUCGGAGUGACCCUAAAGCUUGGUAUCCAGAUAAUAAGCAGGAGAGGGACUGGCCAGACUACGAUGACACCUCUAGUGUAAAAAGUGAGGGAGCAGUCCGCGGUGGCUUCAGAGGAAGAGGUCGUGGACGAGGGAGGGGGCGAGGACGUGGGAGAGGAGGCACGCGCUCUCAUUUCGACUACCAGUAUGGAUACAGGAAAUUUGACGGUACAGAUGGGUCUCGAGGUCCAAAGUAUCCCAGUAAUAUCACCUAUUACUACGACAACAUGAGCAGCUCGGAGCUCUACAGCGUUGAUCAGGAACUGCUGAAAGAUUACAUCAAGCGGCAAAUAGAAUAUUACUUCAGUGUGGACAAUCUACAGAGAGACUUUUUCCUGCGGAAAAAGAUGGAUACCGAGGGCUUCCUGCCUAUUGGGUUAAUAGCUAGUUUUCAUCGUGUACAGGCUCUGACCACUGACAUUGGGUUGAUUGUCAAGGCACUAAAAGACAGCAAAGUUGUGGAAAUAAUUGAUGAGAAGAUCAGGCGGAAGGAGCAGCCAGAUAUCUGGCCCCUGCCUGGUCAGUCUACUGGUGACGCUUCUCAGACGGACUUCUCUCAGCUUAUCAACUGUCCAGAGUUUGUUCCCAGGCAAGGAUUCCAGAAAGAGACAGAAUCUGCACCUGGAUCCCCACGUACCUCCAGCCCCAAUAUGGCCACAAAGUCCAAGGAAGUCAGCAACCUGAAGACUAUGCCAAAAGGGCUUUCUGCCAGUUUGCCAGACCUGGAUUCUGAGAGCUGGAUAGAAGUCAAAAAAAGACCACGGCCUUCUCCAGCCAGAACAAAGAAGCUGGAGGAAGAGAAGUCCCCACAGCAGACCACCCCUACCCCAGUGACUCCUCCAAAACCACCCAAAGAGCAGGACGAGCCAGAAGAGCUGGAUUUCAUGUUCGACGAAGAGAUGGAGCAGAUGGACGGCAGGAAGAACACCUUUACGGAUUGGUCAGACGAGGACUCUGAUUACGAGAUUGACGACCGGGAUGUAAACAAAAUCCUAAUUGUCACGCAGACCCCACCUUCACUUCGCAAGCACCCCGGCGGAGACCGUACCGGCAACCACACAUCUCGGGCCAAGAUGAGUUCAGAAUGGGCGAAAGUGAUUAACGACGGUCUGUUCUACUAUGAACAGGACCUGUGGACGGAGCAGUUUGAGCCUGAGUACUCACAGAUUAAGCAAGAGGUGGAGAAUUUCAAAAAGGUGAAUAUGAUCAGCCGGGAGCAGUUUGUCACUUUAACCCCGGAACCCCCUGUGGAUCCUAAUCAGGAAGUUCCCCCUGGACCCCCAAGAUUUCAGCAAGUUCCCACAGAUGCCUUGGCUAACAAGUUAUUUGGUGCUCCUGAACCUUCCACCAUUGCCAGGUCCUUACCAACCACUGUCCCUGAAUCCCCAAAUUACCGUAACGCUCGGACUCCACGCACACCACGAACGCCCAGGCUGAAAGACCCGACGCUGACUCCUCGGUUUUACCCUGUAGUGAAAGAGGGCAGGACGAUUGACGCAAAGACGCCGCGAAAGAGGAAAACGCGUCACAGUUCUAACCCACCCAUGGAAUGCCACGUUGGGUGGGUGAUGGACUCAAGAGAACACCGGCCACGAACUGCGUCUGUGAGCUCGAACGCCAGUCCAUCGGAGGGGGCACCAGCCUUGAGCAACUAUGGAUGUACACCUCAAUCUCUGCCAAAGUUCCAGCAUCCUUCCCAUGAGUUACUGAAGGAGAAUGGAUUUACACAACACGUUUACCACAAGUACCGCCGACGUUGCCUUAAUGAGAGGAAACGGCUAGGCAUCGGCCAGUCCCAGGAAAUGAACACCCUCUUCCGUUUCUGGUCUUUCUUCCUCCGAGAUCACUUCAACAAGAAAAUGUAUGAAGAAUUUCGACAGCUUGCUGUGGAGGACGGGAAGGAAGGAUACAGGUACGGAUUGGAGUGCCUUUUCCGAUAUUACAGCUACGGUCUAGAGAAGAAGUUCCGGGUGGACAUUUUCCGAGACUUUCAGGAAGAGACCAGAAGGGACUAUGAAACUGGUCAGCUAUACGGACUUGAAAAAUUUUGGGCCUUCUUGAAAUAUUCCAAAGCCAAACACCUGGACAUUGAUCCAAAGCUGCAGGAAUACCUGAGCAAGUUCCGCCGGCUAGAGGAUUUCAGAGUCGAUCCACCAAUGGGAGAGGAUGGAGGAUCCCGAAGGCGCCAUUCAUCAACAGGCGAGGGCAGAAAAAGAUACCCUUCUCAGUCUUCCAGCAAAGGAUCCACUCAUCAGGCCCAAGCUUCAUCCCAUAACCCAACAAAGGAGGACGCCAAAGGACAUAGCCACCCCUCAUUUGCUACAUUGGAUUCCCAAACACCAGGAGGGGGGAAGUAAAGCGGAUUACAUUGGAAAAGAAUGAUUGUUUUGGGGGAGGGAACACAAGGGUGAAUUCCUGGAUGUGCGAUGAAUUUGUGGUUCACAAACAGAAUGGGCUCCCCGCCACAUCUCACGGGCUUUCAUUCUACAAAAAGCAGAGACUCCAUGUUUUGGAGCAGACUGACUGUUCCCGCGGCUUUCCUGUAAGGGUGGCAUUGCUUAUACCCAAAAAAAGGAAGAAAAUCUUAGUUUGCUUAGGGGUAUAAAAUUUUAGGCUCUCCCUUCUUUUUUAUUUUUUUAUUUUUCUUUUAGCAGGAACCUGGUGGAAGGGGCUCGAGUUGGGAGGGAGAAUUUUUGUUUUUUUAUUUUCCUUUUCGUUCUUUUAAAUUAUUGAAAUUGCUACCCUCCCCUCUGAGCAGGGGCACUCUGGGUGGUGGAUUGAGUGCAGGACUCAUCUCUGCUGAUUGCUGGACUGGCUGUUACAGGCUUGGAAGGACAAAAUAUCAUCACUGGCAAAAGAAAACAAUCAAGUGCUUUGAAGCCACCUGGGGUCCACCUGGUGUGUGGGUGGUUGCGAUCGAUUCCUCUCCUGGACGCAAUGUAGAGGGACUGGCUGUCCACUUGGUGACAAAGUUUCUCUUGGCUUGAUUUCUUCCCACAGCAUGAUCAUUGAACACCUUUACACACAGCUCACCACUUUCACAACAGCCCUGCGUUCAUUUCUUUUAUUUUUAAAGAUAUAUAUAUAUAUUUUUAUUUUUUUUGUUUUAUUGUUACUUCAGACUGUGAAAGAUAACUACAGAAAAAAAAACUAUGGAUGCAUAUAAAAAAAAGGAAAAAAAACACGUAAAAACAAAAAAUGACUGCCUUUACUUUCCCCUUAAAGUUAUACUAGGAAAUGACAAAGCAAACAGUACAAAAAGUUGCCUUAUUGUAACCUUGAAACUCGCAGCGAGCUGACCUUCUUUUCAGAUAUGGUGGCAGCCAAUAAAAACAAGGACUGCAGAUCGGUGACGACAAGCAAGCAGUUUUGGGGGUUUUUUUGGCUUGAUUUUUUUGUUCCUCUCAUCACUGCCACUUAUUUCAACGGAGAUGAUUUCUUCAUGUUUGCUUACCCCCCGCCCAGUGCGUUUCUGGGCAUUUAUAAAACUAUGUUCCAGUAAAUGCAGAGAGAACUUUUUUUUUUUUUUUUUUUUAACCCCCCUUUCCCUUCACUUCUUUGUGGGACGUAUGGAUUUAAGGUUAUCUUAUCUGUAUUUUUUUUAUAUAUAUAUAUAUAUAUAUAUAUAUAUAUAUAUAUAUAUAUAGUUUUUGCAUCUGCUGUGUCUUUGGGCAUCUACAGGGCUUAAUUCUACCAAAUGUUGGCAUGGUGGCUAGCAUGGUGAUCCUACAUUGUACGACCUGGCGUCUUUGUAGGUUAGGUGUGAGUUUAGAGCACCAAUAAACAGACCCAUUUUGACUGGUUAGCCAUAAUCACUGCCACGGUUUAGUAAGUAAGGCCUUGGUUCUCAAAUUGAAGUAAGAAUGUGGUGUUAACACUCACACUAUGGAUACCUGAGAGAAGUUAAAAAAAAAAAAGGUAAAAAUGUUUUUAUUUUUUGUGUAGCGGCAUGACCUAUACUGCCAUUUCGUGCACGGAGAAUUUUCAUUGCAUUAUAUAGGGAGAGUCAGGGAAAGGUGUAAGGUGGCCAGGGUACCCUAAGUAUAGGGUAAUAUAGUUGUGAUGACCAAGGCAAAGAUGCCUUGAGCUGUUCAUGUAGAGAGAUGACCCAUAAGCCUUUGUUUCACCAUUAACCUUUUAUAAAAGUGAUCUCCAUUUAGUGAUGGUUAAAAUAUACCUGCCUCCUGCAUGCAAAAGAAUGCAGCCAUUUUAUAGGUGGAGCCAAAAUUCUUCGUAAUGCACCCAGUCAAUGAAUUAGGCAUUGGUAAAAUCACUAUCAUGGUGCACUGAGGGAAUUGAUAGGCUAAAUAUUGAUUUAGCCCACAGAAUGGCUGCCCCGCUGCCUUUUGGCAACAGGUAUGCUUUAAUGGCAAGCUAGAAGAACCUCUUUGUGCAUCAGCAGUUGCUGGAUUGAAUCACGCUGGAGGUGGUUGUUUUUUCUUUGGUUUAAUUGUUUUUACCCCUGUCCCUCAACAAGUACAAAGUCGAUAUUCAUGCAAUAUGGUUUGAUUGCAUCAAAUAAAUUUAGGGCUGGAUCCUUAAGGAAAUACUUUUUUGUUGAUUACAUAACAAAUGCUAAUGGUUCCCUUUAUUUUGCCUGCUGUUAAAAAUGAAUUCACCCAAAGCAAUCACCAUUGCUGGUGUUUAGUUGCCAGCAUGCCAUUUCUCCCUACUUUUUAUAGUAGCGUGGUCCACUGGGGGGGGGGAGGGGAGUACAGGUGUGGGAAGAGAUCUUGGAAUCCUUUCAAAGACAUCUUGAUGGUGCUUUAAGAAAACCUCUCAAUACCGCCUCCUUCAUUUAUAUUGAAUGCAGAGGAAAGGGUAAUCGUAGCCCAAAAUGUGGUUUUGGGGUCUGUUUGUGAUAAGGAACUUAUAUCUCCUAAUAUGUAUAGAGAUAUAAAUAUUAUAUAUAUAUUUCAGACAUGAUAGCUGCUCGCAUCCUUUUUUUUCCCUAGCCUACGUCUUGUUUUUAUGUUGGAAAUUUGACUGCAGUUUUUUGGCUUAAACUGCUCCUCCCUUGAUUUGUAUUUGGCAUUAGGCAAAUGGAAGGAAUUAAAAAUUUCCUCACCUUGUUGCUCCUUAUAAGAAACUUUUAAUUUCUUUAGUACUGGUGACCUUCACUCUAUAACGGUACCAGGCUACCUAGCGUCAGCACAGGAACUUCUUCAUACAAUUUUCUGAAUUUUAGCUUUCUCCUCCAAAAAAAGACACGUAGUUGAUGCAUUCUGACAAUUAUUAUUUUUUAUUUUUAUUUUUUGGCUCCCAGAUGUUGACAGAGAGUGAGCACAUGUUCAGACGUUCUAGGUUUCACAACGCUUUGGGCCUUAGACUCAUUCUCAAAGCAUCAUGCACUUGGCUUCUUAAAUAAUCCCAAUUACCCCCCCUCACAAAUCCCUUUUCAACACUGAAAUACCACACACGCAAAGGUCACUGAUUUGACUUAAUCCAUGCAAGCUGCUGCCUCCCAACAUGGAAUGCUACAAGUACAUAAUCUUGCCCGUUAUACUCCAAUAAAUCAUAAGAGUACAGAAGAAAAAUUUUAAAACCUUUAAAAAAAAAAAAUAAAAAAAGAAAGAAAUAUAUAUAAAAUGUAAAAUACUUGAAUGAGCGCUUGUAUUAUAACAUUAAUAUUAUUCAGAGUAUCCAUUCUUAUUGCGUUUAUGAUUUGCUUUAUAGCUGUGCUUUAGUCAUGGUAAUUUGUGGUAAUUCUACUUUUUCCUUUUUAAUACAAAAAAAAUGUAUAAAAUAAAAACUUAAAGACCAAUUCUA